AUGAUUGGAUUCGGUGGAGGAAACAGUUUAAUCUCCAGCAUCAGUGCGUCUGAUCUCAGCAUCAGUCUCUCUCUAUCUCUGGAGGAGGAACAUCAGGAUAAAAACACCUACAGCUGUGUGUUAAACAACACCAUCAGCAACCUGACCACACAUCUGGACAUCAGUCGACUCUGUCAACCUUGUCCAGUUGAAAUAUCAGUGAAGGAGGGAGAUUCAGUCACUCUAAACUCUGAUCGUACUGAAACGAAGGAUGAUCGGAUUCAGUGGAAGUUUGGACUUGUAAACACAAUAGCUGAAAUAAUGGCUGAAAUCAAUAAACCGGCCAACAGAAUUGCUGUAUAUGAUGAUGAUGUUCUUGAUGGGAGAUUCAGAGACAGACUGAAGCUGGACAAUCAAACUGGAUCUCUGACCAUCACAAACAUCACAAUGGAACAUGCUGGAGUUUAUUAUGUGGUGAUAAAUGGAGCAAUAUUGUCACUAAAAUCUUUUAGAGUUUCUGUCUACACUUGUCUGCCUGUUCCUGUCAUCAGCAGAGACUGUUCAUCAUCAAUAUCAUUAUCAUCAUCAUCAUCAUAUUGUUCACUGCUGUGUUCAGUGCUGAAUGUGAGUCAUGUGACUCUCUCCUGGUUCAAAGGAAACAGUUUAAUCUCCAGCAUCAGUGCGUCUGAUCUCAGCAUCAGUCUCUCUCUAUCUCUGGAGGUGGAACAUCAGGAUAAAAACACCUACAGCUGUGUGCUCAACAAUCCCAUCAGCAACCUGACCACACAUCUGGACAUCAGUCGACUCUGUCACACAUGUUCAGACUCUGUCCACUGUUGUGGUUCUACUGAAGCUGUGAUCAGAUUGGUCCUCUCUGCUCUGGUGGGCAUGGCUGCUGUCAUUUUUAUGGUUUAUGACAUUAAAUCGAGAAGAUCUGAUCAAGAUCAUGCAUGUAUUCCCUCCUCACAAACCUAAAUUAUGAUGUAUAUUUUCCUAUAACAAUUUUGUUUAUCAUGUAUUAUUCUUUUGUAUUAUGUUUUUGAUCUUCAUUUAUCAGCAAAUCAUUUUCACUCUAAAAGAUUAAAGUAACAUUCACAUAUAUCAGAGGUGGGCAAACUACGGCCCGCGGGAUCCGGCCCGUGAGGCAGUUGGUCCAAAAUAGUUAAUUUGAUGCAAUGUCAGGGGGAAACGUGAUUUCUACCGAGGGGAACGCUAGAGCCCUGCAUUCCCUGGGCUUCGAUCGGGCCAAUUUUCACGGCAUAGUUCAGAUGCGGGCCGGGCCUGUUUUAGGCUUCUCUUUAUUUUUAUAUUUUAGACAUCCAUCAAUUAGUGAUGAAAAAAAUUGCCGCGCUGGUGGAAACAACACGAGACUGUGCCGUGACUGUGAAGAGCGGCUCGACGGUGUUUAGAGUCCCGCAGCAGCGAGUGAUAACAUCCGAAGCGGGUGCAGCAGCAGAGAGUGCGCCGUCAGCACAGCUGAAGAGUUCUGCUUCAAACACAUGCAAUACGCUGAAGCUUGCUGCAAAGCCCCAGCAAAAGUAAUUACCAUGAAUGUGUCAGGGGGAAAUAGAUAUUUGAAUUAUUUACUAAUAAAGUGUUUUCUGUGUCAGUGUCGCAAAGAUGAAGAUGAUGAUCCUGACUCGCCAUCUCCUCAUUAGACGCGCCUUUAGAGAGAAGUGCAUCUUCACUGAUUAUAAUGAAAGAGUUUUUGUUAUCGAUUUGAUUUAUUUCGUUAAGUGGUAACUUAAAGCUUUCUAUAGAUAUAUUUAUCAUGUCUGUGAGGCAUGUAUUCGCUGACUUUCGGUUCAUUUUUGUGAAGCCUCCUGUUCAAGACGAGAAGGCGCAUCAUUGUUUUAUUUAUUUUAUAAAAGUUUUUUUUUUAAUUGUGAGUGCACACAAAUAAAA